CCUCCAGUCGCUCGCUUAGCAGCACCUGCCCAGCCGGCAUUCAGUCAAGCGGUUGCCGCCGCCAGGAUGGUGCAGCUGCCGCAGCUGGUCGUCGCCUCCUCCUACUUGUGGCUCGGGCUGGGCUGGUGGGCGUCUUUGCCGCCAACCGGACUGGCGCUGCCCGAGGUGCUGUUUCGUUGCCCGCCUUGCACCGCCGACCGCCUCGCCGCCUGCCCUGCCACCGGACUCGAGACCGCCGCCUGCCUGGAGCUAGUGCGGGAGCCCGGCUGUGGCUGCUGUUCAGUUUGCGCCCGCUUCGAGGGGGAACCCUGCGGGGUGUACACGCCACGUUGCGUCUCCGGGUUCCGCUGCUACCCGAGUCCCGGCGCUGAGCUGCCCCUUCAGGCGCUGGUGCAGGGACAGGGCACCUGCGCCCGAUGGAGCGACGCGCCCGAGUACGGAGCCACCACCGUCGAGCACCCCGGGGCGGAUAAUGAAGAACAUCCUGAAGGACCUGCUAUGGAAAACUUUGUAGAUGGUGCUUCUACUGUGGUGAAUGGAAGGAUAAAGCCUCCUGUGAAAAAUGUCAAGGAAAUAGCCAUACUUCGUGACAGAACGAAUGAGCAGCAAAAGCUUAUGAGACAGCUUACAAAAAUUGAGAUGCGCCCGCAACCUCUUAGGACACCCUGUCAACAGGAAUUGGACCAGGUUUUGGAACGUAUAUCAACCAUGCGCCUGCCAGAUGAACGUGGUCCGUUGGAGCAUCUUUAUUCCCUGAAUAUCCCAAAUUGUGAUAAGCAAGGCCUUUACAAUCUCAAACAGUGCAAAAUGUCAGUGAAUGGCCAGCGAGGAGAAUGUUGGUGUGUUAAUCCCAAUACUGGGAAAACCAUCCUGGGGUCACCUACCAUCCGUGGAGAUCCUGAAUGCCACCUCUUCUAUACUGGCCAAGAGCAGGAAGAUAGGGGAAUCCCAGCCUUUCAAGUGCAAUAGAUGGACACAUUCCUACUCGCUGUUGUGUGGCUUGGCCUAUUCUCAGUGCUGGAUUUUACAUGGGUUUUAAUGCAUCUUGAUUUUUUUUUCUUCGUAUUGAUAUUCCAGCAAAUACCCAGAGAUUUUUUUGUGGGGGGUGGGGGUGGGGUGGGAAAUCUGGGCUGUAAAUUUAUCUCUGUUGCUUGCACCAUUGAGAACAUACAAUAAAGGUGGUGGAUAGAAAGGUUUGGUAUCUCAGGCUUUCCCUUCUCCUGCUUCUAACUCUACCCAAAUGCUUCUAAAUCACUUUUACUCUUGCCAGAGGAGCAAAGAAACCAAGUUCAGAUUAAAGAGUUAACUUGACCUCUUCACCCACAUGUGCUCCUGCUCCGACCAGGCUGGAUGAGAGAGUCUUUACGCUAAUUCUUUCUCACCACCCAAGCCAAAGACCAAAGAAUGUAAAUACUACAUUGUGCCUGCUACACAGAGCCCUGCAGUCUGACCAUGUUGGUCCCAUUUGAUUAUUAGGUGUGUUAUAACUCAAGGACUAAAGAGAAUCUUUGCUUAGGGUCAAUAUUUCUUGGAAGGCAUGGCCAGCAAGGAGCUACACCAUGCCACCAUGCUGUCCUAGAAGGCACUGCACUUAAUAUAAGGUUUACAAAAGUGCAAAUCCCUGCUACCACCCCACCUCCGCCCCCAGCCAUUAAAUGUUAAAGCAUCAAUGUGUAGCCUUAUUCACUGAGUAUUCAGUGCCACGAAUUAUUAUUCAGCAUCCUGCUUCCUCUUAGAUAAGACUUCAUAACCCGUAAGAAGCAAAAACCCAUUUAAAACCCAUGAGUAGACCAGUCAUUCUCCCUACCCCAAAUGACGUAGGUCCUAGAUGAGCAGUGCCUAUGUCUCUUUAAGUAAAUGACACUAAAUAUAGUGCUUUGUAAACCUUGAAAAGUGGACAGAUUAUAUGUAUAUGUUCAUUGAUAUGCAUACAAGCCUGUAUAGAAUAAUCAAGUCUGGGAGUUAGGAGAGAUAUGGAGUUGAACUUUCAGUUCUUAUUAAUGAAGUUUCUUGGAUAACCAUUUCACCCUCUUGAGUUUGAUUUUGCUUCUGGGUGGAUCAUGGAAAUAUUGAAAAAAAUGAGAAGCAGUUGCAUGUAUUAUGUCUUCUUGUAUUAUAUAUGCCAAUUUAUAUUUACUGAACAGUUGCUAUUAGUGUAAUUGUUGAAGACAGGUUUUGUGUGUGUUCCUUUUUUUAAAAAAAAUGCCAUAUAUAUUGGAAGAGAAAAAAUGAAACAUUUUCAUCUUUUUUCUGUACGAACACAGCAGAAAGGUGACAGUAGAAGAUGACUGGGCUUGUCUCUGGUUGAAAUAACAAGAGUUCUCCUUUGGUCAGUUUGCCAUUUCACUGCAUCCUUUUUACACAACUAACUCUUGUUGUUCUGUCAUGGUUGAUGCCUUGAAAGAAUCUCCUUCCUUCUCUACCUGCCUCUCCUCCCAAAAUUGCAGCACUCUAUGGCAGUUCAUUGUUUGAAACAUACUUUUGCAUUUCCAUAAUCUCUGUGAAAAUGAGGGGACAAAUUGUGAGUUACUGAGAAUGUCAAUACCUCAGACCCCUAGGCAGGUAGAUAGAUAUACACACCUGCUUCAAGAGAGAAUAUAAAAAAAAAAUCAAUGUUUCAUGUUGCAAGACAGAGACUGAUAGAUGAAAUGAGUUGAAAUUUAAAUAUUAACUUUGCUAUUUAAAUGUUAACCUAAUUAAUAUUCAAUUUAAAUAAAACAAGUAAAUAUUUUUCCAGAGCAAAUUAUAGACAGUGGAUUAUUCCCAGCAGGAAACAUGCUAAAUAAUUAAUAUGUUUUUGGGGAUAAGAGGCUCUGUGGAGAAAAAAAGGCAAUGCUGUAAGUGAAUGUGAUGGAGUAAAUCUCAAAUUGCCCUGGAGAAGUUCUCCCAGCAGGCACAGUACACAAGGAAUAAAACCACUAUGAUAAACGAUGGCACAUUCUUAUUCAUCGCAGUGAAUGAAGCCCAUUAUUUUCUUAUCAGGCAAAAUCUUGAUUAUUUGUGUUUUUUAAACAUGUAUGCUUGGUAUAUUCCAAACCCAAAAUCAUCAAACAAAUAUUCUUCUCAUUGGGAAGAAAAGAUUUGUUUCUUUUUAUUUACUUUUCACUUCCAAUCUAGCAGUUUAUAAACUAGUAUCGGUGCCUUAAAGGGGAAUAUCACCCGCCCCUUAAGUUUAUACUCUUAACUGUAGAUAUUUCUUCAGGAACAAACCUAGAAAUAUGGUGAUAAAAACACUGAAAACACUUCAUGUUCUGGGAAUAUAAAUCAACAUUUCUGUUUUGUUUUAUCUUUCCUGUGGGAGGCAUCCAGUUUAAAUACUGCCACAUUUAGUAAUUAAUAAUAAUUGGUGCUAUCUAUUUUCUAUCAAUACCCAUCAAAGAACAAUUCAAAUACUUUCCAUGUAAAUACUGCCAUUGGAAGCUGAUGCUUACAAUUUAUUCCUGUUUAGAAAUCACAAUGCUGUUUUCUUUAUUUUGUUUGAUUGCUAAACUGUAAGAAAUUUGAAAUAAAUUAAAUGGGAUGCCGGAAAAAA